AUGGCUGGACUUGUUAAUUCUGCAGGGGGGAGCCCUCUAUACUUAGCUGCUGAAUCAAGAUGCAAGGAAGUGUUGCUGAAGAUCUUGAAAUUCUUAACACAAGUGUCAUAUAAUCCUACCCUCUUACGUGAAGCUGUCCGAGGCCCUGAUGGGCAAAAUCCCUUGCAUGCCGCCAUCCUUUCAGGAAGCAGCGAAUGCAUCGGUCAUCUUCUUGGUCUAGAGGAGACUCUGGAACUCAUCAACCAACCUGACAUGAAUAGAAUGACAGCCCUUCACUUUGCAACAGCAGCCAGAGAAACAAAACUUAUACGGCAGCUGCUGAACGAGAGCACCUUAUCUGCAUAUAUAAAAGACACAAAGGGUUGGACCCCAUUACUUGAAGCUGCCAGCUCAGGAAAUUUUGAUGUCUUCCAAGAGAUACUCCAGGACUUCUUGGGCUUGCCUGAGAUGAAGGAGCUUGUGAAUGAACCUGACAAGGAAGGCAACACACCAUUGCAUCUAGCCAUCGAGAACAAGAAUUACAAGAUGAAAUCACUUUAUAGUUACUUAAAUGGCCAGCAUGCACCUCGAGCGUUCACUUUACCAGGUGACUACUAUUCUGAUAAUGGCAGUCAAGGAAAGAACAACGAUGACCAAAAAGAUUACACUGGUGAGUCCGUCCUCAUAAAGAAGGCAUCACUUAAGGUGUUCCUGGUGGCAGAUUCACUAGCAAUGUGCUGCUCCAUGACGGUGGUAAUUCUCUUAGUUCUGGCUAUGGUUGGUGACCCUGCCUUCUUGCACUCAGCUAUAAUUUACGGCAAGAACUUGCUGUAUAUCGCGCUUGGAGGAACAUUGGUUGCAUUCGUGACCGGAUUGUUCUCAGUUAUAGAUUCAGAGAGCCGAUGGGUGGCCAUUGUUUUGAUCGUCAUGGGCUCUAGUGUCCCAUUUCUCAUCAAAUAUUUGUGCCGAAAGUCCUCCAUUUCGACCCCUUUUGCUAAUCAGUUGAUAAAAGGGGUCGAUUAA